UUGUGUUUUUUAUUAGCCGACCACAUUGGAUCCAAUAUCUAUUAUCCAUGUGGGGUUGGUAAUUAAAGUUGAAUAGUACACACGUAGGAUACUCGUCUUGGAACACUCAUAAAUAGAGCGGACCCGCUAAAUUUACAAACUUGGUAGUUUUGCUGUGUGUGUGUUGUACUGGUAACAUUUCUUUCAUUUUCACUACUAAAUUUAGCUAAGAGAGCUGAGAAUUAAUGGCUACGGCGGAGAAACACCCACCACAGUCCAAGACGGUGUCGCAGGUGGAACCACCUCUGGCGGCCUUAUCGGACGACGUCGUUCAGGAGAAGGCUGUUAUUCCACAUCCCGAAGAGAAGGUUCAUGAAUCCAAAUCUCUUGCUCUUGCUCUGGCCGAAAAGACUCCAGAUCCUCCCAUAGAGAAACCUUCAAAGGGCUCCUUUGACAGAGAUGUCGCUCUCGCAGACGUUGAAAAAGAAAAGAGGUUGUCUUUUAUCAAGGCAUGGGAAGAAAGCGAAAAAACAAAGGUGGAGAACAAGGCCCAAAAGAAGCUCUCUGAUGUCGCUUCGUGGGAAAACACCAAGAAAGCAUCUAUUGAAGCUCAAAUGAAAGCAAUGGAGGAGAAACUGGAGAAGAAGAAAGCAGAUUAUGCUGAAAAAAUGAAAAACAAGAUAGCUUUAAUUCACAAGCAAGCAGAAGAAAAAAGAGCCAUGGUUGAAGCCAAUCGUGGUGAAGAAAUUCUCAAUGCUGAGGAGACGGCUGCAAAAUACCGUGCAACUGGGAACACUCCAAAGACAGGUUUUGGGUGCUUUGGAGGUUGAACUAUAUUUAGCCCGGAAUCAAAGCUAUGUGAAAGUUUCAGUAUUCGCAUGUAAAUUUUUCUUGUUCGUUGUUUUUUGUGUGCAUCUGUUUGCAAACUCAGGAAAUGUUUGAUACUGUGUGUGGUAUAGGAGCAACAUAGUUGGUUUGUGAAAAACAAGUUUAAUGUUGAUGUUGUAUUUCUACAAAGUAUUUUUGAAUAUAUGGAAGCUCCAUUUGUUUUGUAAAAAUGUAAAGAAUUAUCCUGAGUGGGAAAACUGAAUCCAUAUAUUUGCAUUUCAG